AUGGGCCAUCGCCGUCCUCAACUCACAAUUCCAUUAGGAAGGUUUCAGCUGAAUGUCCACUCGCAACUUCAAUCACCUCUGUUUGCUCGUGUGCCAGCAGAAAUCCGGUUGAUAAUCUACUCGUACGCCAUUAUUGACUACGAGCUCACACGCAUGGACCCUCCUCGUUACCUGUCGACUUGCCCUUGCUACAGUCUCCAAAGACAUACAGACACAGGGCUCUUACGCACCUGCAAACGCAUUCUUCAAGAGACAUGGUUCAUGCCAUUCGAAGUCGCUGAGCACCGUGUAUGCAACACGCACACGUCGCCCGUACCAGCUGGGUUUGGCUAUUCCACCAUCCUGCAACAAUGUGUCAACGCUCAAAAUGGACUAUCUAUACCGCGCAUCCAAAAGCUUCGCUACCUAUUGCGGAAACCAGAUGGCUUUGAAAUGCUACAAAAAUUACUCAAAAGUACCAAUAUAUUUGGGCCGAAGUGCGUGGUCAUUGAAGUGAGCUUUUUUGCUACCCUUUCUACUAAUUCUACUCGGUAUGACCCCAACGUGCGCCUUUGCACUGAAUGGGCCAACGAGUUGGUGUUUCCAGUAUCGGUCACCACCAUCAAAGCAGAGAUGUACGGGAGUAAGAAUGAUAUGGACGGAAUCGUCACCUCAGUCCUUAGGAAAUGGCGCUUUCGCCGGGUUGACGGAGCUAUUUUCAAAAUUUCCAACGUUGAACGAGUAGCCAGAGAGUGGGAGACGUUAGCAACGCGGGACUAUGACAUAUGUCCGCCAACUGCGUUUGCCUGGUUUAUCAAGACGGUGACUUGGGAGCCUGUUGUGCGAUUUGGGUCCUUGCGUAAAGGGCUUGGAAAUGCUAACUUGACACAUCCUCAACAGUCUGGAUAG